AUGGCGCCGAAACGACCUAGGGUGUCAAAUUCAGCAUGCCCACCAGGGAACGAGACUGAGGACCCCACCAAGCAAAAGCCUAAGGCAACGAGAGCUCGGGGCAGGCUUGGGCACUUGGAAGGUCUCAUGGAUAUGCCUGUGGAUGUAUGGUACGAGAUAUAUGCGCAUCUCCACCCGUUGGAUUUGUUGCACCUUGCGCGAUCAACAAAGGCUUUUCGAACAAUUCUAAUGAGUAAAUCCUCAUUGUUCGUUUGGAAAGUUGCGCGGAUAUCCGAAUCCUUGCCGGAUCCGAGGCCUGGAUUCUCAGAGCCAGUCUGGGUCAAUUUGUUAUACGAGGCGAUCUGUCACAUUUGUAACAAGAACAUUUCUCGUACCAUCGACUUCGAAUUUGGUGCUCGUCUUUGCUCCAAAUGUUACGAGGAUGAAAAAAAUAUCAUGGUCGAGGAUGAUAUCCAUGUGGAUGGGACCUCUGCGGCUAUCUUGAGUAUGGUCCCUUACAAGUUCGGAACUCGUAAACCUCACAAGCACAAAAUCAUCUAUCUGAAAAGAGAUGUCGAUAAAGUUAAGGCUCGUCUUAUCUCACUUCCGGAGGACCAGCGCGAGGCCUAUUCCCAGCAGCAACGGUUUCACGUGAAGGAAGUAUUAAAGCGCGUCAAAGCCUGCGACGAAUGGAUCAAGAAGCAGAGUCGUAACAGAGAGAAAGAAUUGAUAAGACUGCGCGAUGAGAGGAAAUCAGCUAUAUACAAGAAACUCGUAGACCUCGGAUACGAGGAAGAUCUGAAAAGUAUCAGAUUUCCUGACUCUCUAGAAGAGCAUCGACUAGUAAAGCAAACCCGCCCGUUAACGGAGAAAGUUUGGGACAAUAUCCGUGACGAGAUGGUUGCUUUCAUGGAUGCCGUGAGGGUCAAGCGUAUCUCACGCGAGCGCAGAGCUCGUAUAUUCUCGAACAGCUACAGCCUCCUCCGUCCUACGGACAUACAAAAACUUGUCGUAAAAAACAUACUCGAACUUCCAAGUGAGGUUGUCGUCGAUAUUCAGACCUUCGAUGACGUGAUUCCUGAGCUACCUUCAUUGUUCCGGGAAUGGCGGGAACGGGUUCACGACGAGCUUCUACGAGUUUCUGGCCAUCCGAACCCUUCAUCGUUAACCACUUUGGACCAGAAAAUACAGUGGCUAGAGCUUGCGCGGAAUGUCUUCAUUUGCAAAGGGCCUUUCCACAUUGGCCAUCAAAAGAUUCUCUUCUACCCAGGGAUUUUAUCGCACGUGUGCUGUACGGUAGAGGAGUGGUCUGAAGAUAUGUCAUUGACAGAACCACAUGACAAGACUAUCGAGUGGGUCAGGCGUAAGAACGCCUGGGUAGGUUUAUAUGAUGACAUGUGGUAUCGACGUGCAUGGAAUGCGGAACACCUGUUCAUCAACCCAAGGUUGAACCGGAUGACAGCGGAUUUGAUACGAUGCUUGGGAUUCGACCCCGAUACGGCAACAGUACAGAAUUUGGACGAGCCGUUAUUUUAUUACCGAUGCAAGAUCUGCGCCAAGAAGGGCGAGCCUGGAGAUGCUGAAAUAUACGGAUGGCGCGCGCUUCCCGAUGACUUCGAGAAAUUGACCGUCCAGAGUGUGAAGAAGAACAAGAAACUGAAGAAGUACAAGAUGGACGUCGACGAUCGCGUCUGGUGUUGCGUUCACUGCCGCGACUUGCCAUCAGAAGUUUAUCCUACACGGUUGAGUAAGAUCCGCAAACAUCUCGAUGACGAACACUCGAUUACGGAGCCUAUCAUUAAUCAAGAUUAUUAUGAGAACUUGGGUGCGGCUCCGUCGCAUUCUACUUUUAGAUGUAUGCAAGAUGAGUUUGAUUGGGAAGACUCGGACAGUUCCUGGACAGACGCGAGUUCAUUCUGA